AUGCCUCCUCCAAUACCGUUUUCCUCUUUGCCCGUUGACAAGAACGGUCCGCAUCACAAUGCCUGGGGAUUAUACGGCAAAGAUGACCAGCUAGGGACUCUCAACCGCCUCUCCGACGACGUGGUCAAGGCCGCCGCGAGCGAGAUCCAGACUGGAACGCCCCCUCGAAUCGUUAACGACGACGUCUGGACUUUCAACACGCAAUCGUCAAGUCAAUGGGAUGGAUUCCGACAUUUCGCUUACCAAAAAGAGGCACGCUUCUACAAUGGUGUCACAUUAGACGAGAUCCAUGGCCGCAAUGGCGUGCAAAAGACGAACAAUAUUGGCAUAGGAGCUUGGGCCGAGAAGGGAAUCGUUGGAAGAGGAAUUCUACUCGACUACCACGAGUACCGCUUGAAAAACAACAUCCCGCACAAUGCCUUCGAGACAGCCGCUAUCCCUGCCGACACGCUACGAGAUGUGGCCAAGAGUCAGGGCACAGAGAUCAAGUUUGGAGAUCUGCUCUUCGUUCGUUCUGGAUACCUUGAUGCAUACAACAAGCUUUCUCGACCCGAGAUUGAGACGCUUCGCGCAAAGCAGCCUCUCACCUUCACAGGCGUGGAGCAAAGCGAGGACAUGAUGGAGUUCAUGUGGAACAACUUCUCGGCUUGCGCUGCAGAUCACCCAUCGUGGGAAGCAUGGCCCACACAGAAGGAUUAUUCGUUGCAUGAGGUCAUGUUGGCCGGUUGGGGCAUGCCCAUUGGCGAGCUGUUCGAUUUGGAGAAACUGGCAGCGCAUUGUAGAGAAGUCAAGAGGUGGUCUUUCUUCGUGGUGAGCAAGCCGGUGUAUGUUCCCGGUGGAGUGGCAAGUCCGCCCAACAUCGUGGCAAUAUUUUAGACCUUACCACCACCGCAAACACUGACUCUUGCCAUUAAAUUCCUUCCUUCUGGCUCAUUUAUUAAUUGGAUAUUCGGCAUCAUUUCAGGCGAUGAUGCUUUUGCAGGGUCCACACUACUCACUCGGAUCGCAGUCCCGAUGCUUCAACAACUUUCC